AUGGUGAUGGUGAAGAGACACGAGUGCAGUUCAAUGGAAUGCGGAGGAAGGCAUGCUAUAUGCUUCGAGCGAGCCGAGGUGGAGAGGACGAGCAAAGGCGUUGGACAAGCGAACGGACCAACCCGUGACCUCGCUUUCUUCGUCAAGCAAGCUGUUCAUGCACGGCCGCAUCUUUCCGAUGGGAGUGCCUUGGGACUUUUUUCUGCGUUCCGUGUUCUCCGCAAUGGCUACAGCAGCUACCCCACACUUUCCAUUCGAUGGAAGCGACCAUUCGCAGGAGCACCAUUGAAAGGAAUGACUUUUGUCUUCUUUUUGCAUGAGCUGAAUGCUGCGCGGAUGAUCCGAGCCGAACGUGCGCCAGCCGCCGAAGCAAACGCAACGCUUUGGCCAGCCGAGGCUCGACGUCAAAUCGGGCUGCUUUCCGUCGAUCCAAUUUUCUUAUUUUUUCGCUGCGAGUGCGAGCCAGGCGACCGAGACUUCUUCUCGCCAAUCCAACCCGCCAUCUAUCUGCGCCGUCUCUUCCGCUGA